ACUGAGACGCCUACCUCGGAGGAGCACACUCCCACUGAGACGCCUACCUCGGAGGAGCACACUCCCACUGAGACGCCCACCACGGAGGAGCAUACUCCCACUGAGACGCCCACCACGGAGGAGCAUACUCCCACUGAGACGCCUACCUCGGAGGAGCACACUCCCACUGAGACGCCUACCUCGGAGGAGCACACUCCCACCGAGACGCCUACCUCGGAGCAGCAGACUCCCACUCCUACACCCACCAGUGAGGAGCACCCCACGACCACGCCUGCCACAGAGACCACAGAGUGGACCACCUCGACCGUCUACACCACCACCUGCAUCACCAAGACCGAGUGCCCUCCCGACACUCCUGACUGCCCCAACGGUGGCACCACCACUAUCACAUCGACCAUUCCCUUGACUACCACUGUCUGCCCUGUCACCUCGACCACUGACGAGCCUAAGCCGACUGAGACCCCUGAGGAGCCCUGCACCCCUGGUGAGCCUGGCUGCCCUGGCACUCCCGAAGAGCCUGAGCACCCGGAGACUCCUGAGACUCCUGAAGAGCCUGAGCAUCCCGAGACUCCUGAGGAGCCCUGCACCCCUGGUGAGCCUGGCUGCCCUGGCACUCCCGAAGAGCCUGAGCACCCCGAGACCCCUGAGGAGCCUGAGCAGCCCUGCCACCCUGGCGAGCCUGGCUGCCCUGGCACUCCUGAGGAGCCUGAGCACCCGGAGACUCCUGAGACUCCUGAAGAGCCUGAGCAUCCCGAGACUCCUGAGGAGCCCUGCACCCC